UGGAAACCUGUGGUCUCAACCUUAACCCCACUCUUCCUCAGCUGUGCGCCUUGGGCUCCAAAUUCGAAGAUCGAAUUCUUUCUUGAGUGGGCCUGUCAAGCUUCUUUGCAUGGCAACCCCGAGCGCGCGUUCUUCUGACUGACCGAUAAGACGCCAUGAUAUGGAGGAAACCGAACUUUUCCGCAUCCAUUCUCUGCUCCACUUAAUAUUUCAUCGCAACAGAAACCAGCAUGGCAAGGCAAAAUGGUGGAAAUGGCUUUCUAUCCUGAAGCGAGCUGUGUGGAACCUUGCGCUGAAUUUGGGCUCAAGCCACAACGAAAACGCCCAGUCCCCCAUUGAGUCCUGUAAACGAUAUUUGGCAGAUUACAUUGUACCGCGAUGCUACGUGGCCUUCUCGGUGGUCGUAGCAGAUGCCCAGUUUUCUACACUGGGUACUGUGCUCCUUGCCACUCUUUCUCACCUUUCCAAGGCGACAGGGGUUGGCAAAGCACUAAAGUCGCUCCCGCGGACAAAAAAUAUCCAUGGGGAUGAUUCUCUACGCUAUAUGGGGACGCCAAGGAAACAGGAGGAUAUGGGGGAAGCACUAUCACGAGCUGGGGAGACAUUGGACAUUCUUCGAAGUUCGAAGACGCAUCAAACACCGGGUCCGGUUUUGGAAAACACCGUGCUUCCCACGUUGAGAGAGACUAGUGUUGCUGAGGUUUCGGGCCCAGGGAAGAAGAUGAAGAAGAAGAUGAAGAAGAAAAAUGCGAUCGAUGACAUUUUUAACGGACUGUUAUGAUUCUAAAAAGACUAAGGCCUUGUCUCUCCAGUUAUGCCUGGUUCAUAACCAGAAAUGGUGAUAUCCAACGGGUAAUGCCUUUUAUGACCUAUAUCCAAAAUGUAAUGUACAUAUCAUGAAGAUCUUGCAGUGUAAUGUCUUGACUAACCGCUAUGUAAUGGCGGAAAACAGUUGGGAAACUUCACUCAAUAGGCUCACCGCUAGGUGGUGGAUAAUCGCCCAAGACAUUGUGUAUAGAUAUUUCGGCGAAAAAACAGUCCAAAUAAAAAGAUGGGUCCUUAACGCUGUACAGGCGGCCAUAACAGAUACCAGUGUUGUAGCCGUGUGGAAAGUCAAAAGACUUAUAUGAGUUUGCAUUUCGUCCCAAGUUUGGCCUGCUCUAAGAAGCU